AUGCGCUCUUGGUUGGCUGUGGUGAGUAUUCUAUGUAUCGCCUCUCCUGGAAUAUCCGUGAGAUGCGAUGAACGUGAUGCCUCCGAAAGUCCAGGAUACAAGUUGGCAUCAGAAAUGCUCACAAAGAACAUGAAUUUCUCGGUCGAUCCAUGCGAGGAUUUUUUCGAGUUCACUUGUGGCAAAUGGAUCGCCGCUCAUCCGAUUCCUGAUGAUGAGGAAUGGUAUACAAGAUUGGAUGUAGUCCGAGAAAAAGUUCUGGAGCAGAUGAAAGGUGGUGCCAACAUACUGGAUCCUCUGAUAUUAUGA